UCUGUCAACGUUCGUGCAUAACCGAGUCGUUCUUUGUGCUGUGCGGACGUGUUUUUGUGCCUGUCUCUCCGGUGCCUGCGGUGUGGUUUUGUUUUAUAUACAGAGCUGAUACAUAGCGAAAGCGGAAGGAAGGUGGUACAUAUGCAAAGAUGCAAUACAAAGUGAUAGCAAAGCAGGGCAGGAGAAGAGAUAGGCAAUAAAAACCGCUCAAUCAAAUCGGGGUAAAUAUAAAUAAGCGGUCGCGUGUGGAACCGAGUGGCGGCUAGUUUUUGGCGAAAAGUGAAAGAAUGUUGUCGCGUUGUUUUUAUGGAUUCUGAAGGUGGAACACACAGAACAAGAAGGAAAAUCUGUUAUGCUGUGCGCUUUGGUGUUUUGUCUUUUCGCUCGAUGGUGUCAUGUAUCGCGAGUGGUAGUGAAUUGAUUCGACGGGGGCUAUAUUGUAAAUAGUAAUAAAGUAGCAGCAGUGCAGUGGGAGUCAUUAAGUGUUCGUUGAUUGAAUUUUGCAACACGGAAGUGUUCCUUUUGGUGUUGUUCCGAGACAAAUUGAUAAGGAUACAGUGAACUGCUGCUGUUGACUUCGGACUGCUUCGAUUUAGAAUCCUUCAUGGAAGCUUUGUAAACAUUGUGCUAUCCACCGAUAAACAGUCAACGAAUGAUCAGUGAGACCCGCCUGGGUUCCAUUCAAGUUCAGCGGCACGAGCGCUUGUUGGAGUUGGUUGUUGUUGGCGUCCGUGAAACAUAUGAUUCAUAAUGUAUCGAGAAGUUGUGGCACUAUCUGUGGGUGAUCUCCGCGUUGAUGAUACUUAAGUGCAAGAGGUGUACUUCGAUGUUUUAAGCCAGCGAGGAAAGAAAAAAAAACGUAGUUGAGGGAAUUGUUUUCUUGACAAAGUGUGAUAAGAUAUUCCUUCGAAGAAAUUCGUGCAACGAACGACAAAUGGAAUAGCAGGUUUCGUGUGAUUGAUUGUUCUGCGUAACACACACUUGGGACAGGAUGGCGAACUACUUCGUCUGUUUGGUGAUCCAAAGGCUGAUACUACCACUCAUUUUGGCAAUAUGUUGCCUUAUGAGACCGGUGGGAUUAUCCCUUCCGUAUUUGCUCUUCCUAUUCGGUCUACCGUUUGUGCCAGUAGCGACCCCAAGGAGCAUAAAAGGUUCCACAGGGAUUUAUUUUAAGAUCUACAUUACGAUAAGUAUAUUGCUGCUGGUGGGUCAGAUAGCCUUUCAGAUAGUUUUUAUCGUGCUGGGUUAUCAGCUGAUAGAUUCGUGCCAAUUUUUGGAACUUCUCCUGCGUCAUAUCGGUCUGGUGAAGUUCGAGGAUCUUUAUCCGGCGAUGGUGGUAUACUGGAUUUCACCGGAGAUCAUUAUGAGUUUCACUGCGAUCAUCGUGUAUGUGAUUUUGAGGAAACUGUCAGCUGGAAACAGUGGAACCGAACAGCCUACCAGUCCCAACUCGCUGGAAGCACCAGAAGUGCUUUCGCUGAGAGCUGACGUUAAUCCAGUGAGUCGGGACAGACUUGCGUUCCUGACAAAGCUGGGUGUAUUGCUGAGUGUGGCCAUGCUUUGUUUGGCGGCUGUGCUGCAACCAUCCGUGCCCAGUGGGAUCUAUUUUGUAAUAUUUUUGGGCUCCACCACCUGGUGGGCGUGUUAUAAAGAAUUGGAUAGGGCAUUCGGAAUAGUUUUAAGGAUAACUUUAGUGUUUUUAAUUGUACACAUCACCGGUUUCUUGGCCUACCAGAACCCGUGGCCCCAGGAACUUCUGCCGGCGAACGAAACGCUUGCUCGGAUAUUUGCAUUGACGCCCAUUUUGUCGUCCACGUGUGACAAUUUGACCGAUAUUCGAUAUGUGUACUUUGAUAGCGAUCUAGGUUCCGAUUACUACCUCAAUCCGGUUGUACUGAUGUUAUGUUACUAUUGUAUAUCAAUCACUUCGACACUACUUAUGAGACCAAGAAUGACGGAGAAAGAGCUCAAGCGUCAGGAGCUUUUCUACCAGCUCGAAAGCGGAGUUCGGCUCCAGCGCCAAAUCUCGUUUCGCAUGCAUAGAAAAAAUAUCCUCCGCAAGACGCUCACCAGCGAUCGGUGGCGUGGAGCUGCGCGCAAGGUGAAACUGAUGCGUGGCGGAACGCGAAGGGUGCGGGAUGCUUCCGCAGCCGAUGCACAAAAUACCAUCCAGAAUGAUAGCAUAGCCAUGCAAACGAUAGGCCGUAAAAACGUUUCAGAAGAGGAUGAUUCAACGAGCUUUUUCGAGCAGAUUAUGCUGGCGACCGGCAAUGUGGCCGGUUUUAUCUACAAGAACAGCUAUAUUUUCACCAACGUCAUCAUGAUGACCUGGAGUAUCAUGUACCACAGCUGGUUGACAUUUGUGCUACUGAUUUGGGCCAAUUUGAUUUGGAUCAUGCCAAAUCAGCGCAAGAACAUGCUGAACUCCAGCCCCUUCCUUGUGAUCUAUGCCGAGUUGCUGCUCCUAGCCCAGUACCUGUAUGGGAUGAAGCUCACCGACGAUGAGCUGCCGUCCACCGUCAAUAUCACCGGUAUCAAUCUCGCACAGAUUGGGCUACUGAAGUACCCGGACUAUCCUUGCUGGCCGCUGCUAAUAAAAUCCCUCUUCACAACCAUGUUUUGGAUAUCACUCCGCCAGAUGAUACAGGAACGACAGAUGGAACGGCGUACGUCCGCGAUUGCCGAUCUGGCAGCUCCGCUGCAGGUUACGGUGACUGCUGCCACAACGGCCGCAUCGGGAUCAGCGGGUGAACGUCCAACGGAACAGAAAUCCUCUGCAUUUAUCACUCACGCGGGCAUGUUAAUCAACUCGUUUUUAAUAAAAUUUUGGAUUUGGGUGGUUGCGAUAACGCUCUUCCUGUCCGGAAUGACGGGACAGCGGAUGACCGGUUUUCGGAUAAUGUACAUGGCGCUGUUUUUGAUAUUUGUGUUAUCAUUCCAGUUCUCGUUCAAAGUUUGGCGUAAAAUGAUGUACGCCUUCUGGUUGACGGUCAUUGUAUACUCCAUGGCCAUAUUGGUUCUGGUGUACACCUAUCAGUUCGAUAAAUUUCCAUUGUACUGGAAAGAAUAUCUUAAGAUUUCCGAUACCUUGCAAAAAGAUAUCGGUCUUCAAACGUACGAGACCAAACAGCUCUUCCUUCACCUGGUGAAUCCUACCAUGAUAGUCAUCAUCACAGUCAUUCAGCUCCAUUAUUGCCACAGAAAGUUCUUGGAGAUUUCAGAGAUCCCCGUUAUCCAAGAAACCGAGAUCCCAGUGGUUUCGGAAACCAGUUCAGCGUACGGAACCUUCACCAAACGCAAAAAGCACAGCAGCACGGCCGAUGCGCCACCUUUGGAAAAAGAUCCUGAAGCGGGCGAAGGGUUGAAUGGCAAACCCACAAAGGAAGAAGACGCUGACAAUACAUCCGAGAUCUUAGACGAUUUGCGCUUCCGGAAACUGUCCAAGCAAGAGAUCAAAGGAUUUGCUCAGAAGUUGAUUAACCAGAUAUCGAAGCUAGCCGAAAUCGUCUGGUUAUUCUUCGAAAUUCAUCUCCUGAAAAUUAUCCUGAUAGUGGCGUUUUCACUCAGCGUUGAAACUGUCAGUUUCCUGCAUUUGCUGUACGUCUUCAUGACGGUAUUCGCGGUUAAAUCGCACACCAACUCGUUGGUGUUGAUAACUCGCAUAAUGUCCCUGAUCUCAUCGAUACUGUUGAUCACGACCAUGAUCUAUCAGGUGGAUUACAUUGACGAGAAAACGUACAUAAGCGAAUGUCCGGCGAUAGACACGAAUAGCACCCACUGGGAGAUGAACAACGCCAAAUGGUUUGGUUUUCAGAAAACGAACGGAAGCUUAGCGGAUCUUGUGAGGCCGUACCUGGUCUAUAUCAUUGUGGUAACCAUCCAUGCCGUCGUGGUCUUGAGACAGACAAUUCGAAGGAUACGACUAGGACAAUCUCCACGCACACCCCCGCUUAUGUUCCCAGAGGUUACCCGAAUGGACGCAGAUAUGGAUAUUCCUCGGAUGGUGAAAUAUCUGUUCAACUAUGGCUUCUACAAGUUUGGAGUGGAAAUAUCCCUGGUAUCUCUGAUCGUGGUGAUCUCCUCAAGAAUGGAUGUGUUCUCCUGCUUCUAUGCGGCGUGGGUUUGCAUUCUGUUCCAUAUGACUCGCGAUGGUCUGCGAAAGGUUUGGAUAGUAAUAACCUGGUUUACAGUGGUUCUCAUACCGAUUCAGUACAUCAUUUUCGUCGGUCUGCCGCCCGUCUUGUGCUUGGAUUAUCCGUGGGAUAUUGAAGCCCUGCAGCAUUUCCGGAUAUGGGCUAUGCUGCCAGAGAAUACGGUAGAAUUCCGAGCGCAGGCAUCCAAAAUGGUUGCCGAUUUUCUACUGCUGAUGUUUCUGUGCCGACAAACACUGGUGUUUCGAAUUGAAACGAGAUAUUCCUCCUGUCCGGAUGAUUUCGGAGGGGGUAGCAACAAAUCCGUGCUGGAGGACAUCGAUAAGCUGGGAACGGUGCCGUUCAUCAAUCCAACGCCUGAUUUUAUUGCCAAGGUGCGAAACUGGCUGGACGUGUUGAAGCGGGGUGUUUUCCUGGUGUUCUUUUGGUUCACUUUGGCGAUCGUUUUUCUGACGGGGUCUAGCCGAGUGACGCUGUUCUCGAUCGGGUAUCUGAUUGGAUCGUUUACCUUCCUAUGGCAAGGUACGGACUUCUAUCUGCGGCCGAUCAAGGCGAUUUUGAGAACCUGGAACAUGCUCAUUGGCUACAACGUGUUCGUGAUAACGACCAAAACUCUGCUCCAGAUGGUCGGUUGUCUCUGGCUAAAUCAGCUCACAACGAACAUCUGUUGGCUCGUGCAGCUGCUCGGAAUUUCCUGUCUCUCGUCCGAAGGAGAACAACCACCGAGUGCGGCGAGUGCGACCAUCCCGGACAGUGACACCACCGAGUGCAAUGUGCCUUACGAUGACUCCGGACUGUUCUGGGACGGUGUGUGCUUCGCGUUUCUCCUCCUGCAGCGGCGAAUCUUCGCCAGUCACUAUUUCUGUCACAUAAUCAACGAGACGAAGGCCAGCACGAUUCUGGCUUCCCGGGGUGCCGAAUUGAUCGAGGAAUUACGCAUUAAGGAUGUUAAGCAGGAGGCCGAAAGGGAGAGUCAGAUUCUGCAGAAGAUUAAAAUGAAGAUGGAUCGUAUCAAGGCGACGCAGCAGAAGAUUUUGGAACCGGUGCAUGAACCAACCAGUCAUGCGAAAGAACACGAUGGCCAGCGUGUGCUACACACUCAUAGUUUGUCAUCAUAUGCAGGAUAUCACACGCCUAUCGAGGAUGAAAUCGCAGGUGGCUCGUUGAUAAUUGAGGGCGAAGGGGUUUCGGAUAUACCAUCCGACAAUGGUGGCUUGGCCGUUGGUCGAGGGUCCUACCACACGCAGGCACCCUCGCCCAGUUCUGCUUUGAUGACGGUUUCAUUGGAUGCCUAUCUGGAUCCCCAGCGGAUGUCGUUCGAAUCACCAAAUGAAAUGCUGGCAAGGGUUUGUAGUCCCGACGACACGUUCCCUGUGUUUUCACCGCCACCUUGUGAGAAAGAACAACCAGCUCCAGUAGUUCAAACGCUAAGCGCACUAAUGCCACCAACUAAAACGGCCAUGCAAACACGCCAACACCGUAGGCAAUCUAGUUUGAAUGCUGUUUCCUGGCCUAGCCCCAAUGAACUGACCGUAAGCCCCGCUAGACCGCGCCGUUUGUCCAAUAAUCUUGCUCCGGCGGAAGAUAUUACCGACCAACAGCAGCCAAGCCCACGUUCACCUCGAUCGCCCCGUUCGAUCACACAGCACCGGCACAGAAGACAGUCCAGCAUGGGCACUUCGGUCGCACCGGAUGAACUGACCGUUGAUCCCAGUAGGAGACGGUCGAGUUUUCUGGUUUCACUUUUUGUAGAUGACGAUACCACUCGAUAUGAUGAUGUGACUACAACGGGUGUAACCCGGAAGCGUUCUCGUACCCGAAGCUACUGGGGUCCGGUCGGGGAAUCCGCACUACGGGACUCUAUACGUUCGGCCGUAUCGCGUUCACCGGUUUCCCACCACGAGUAUUCCCGACGAAGACCGAGCUUAUUAUGGCGCAAGCUCGUGGAGAACAGAUCAGCGGCCAUUCGAUCCGGUGACUACUACAUGUUCGAGGACACCGAGCACGAAUUCGAGCUAGACCUGAUGCAGCCUCGUGAUUCGGACGAAGAGUUUGAUAAAAAGGGUGCAGCGGAGCGCCGCCUCAGCCGACGGCAUCUCACCCUAGGAAAGUUGAUAGCGAAAAUCAAAGAGAAAAACGAGCUGGAAGCGCAGGACCAGGAUGUCGGUGCAAUGGGCCGAAAAAGUGCCGACCGGCACGUCGUCAGGCGUAGCUCGUCACCAGUGUUACGGCGUGCGUCUUUCGUACGCGAGCACGAACCUACUGGAACGACGGACCGGACCGGGACAACGGCCACGGAUCGUUCCGCAAUUUCCGAACCAAUUCCACGCCAUACUCAUUUUGAUAGCGACGGUGAAAAGAAGAAAGACGCGGACGAUAGCGAGGAACCGGAUGGUCAAAGGCCGGGUACCAGCAGGGACACUUCACGGCAUCAGUUUACCACGGAAGAGGAAGUUAGGCUGCUUAGCGACGACGAAGAGGAAGAGGAAACCGUCGGUGAACCGAAGAAGUCUAAAUUUUCAUUCUCUGGGCUCAACCUCAUCACAGCCUUCUUGGCCGGAGCCAUAGGGUCCUUAACGUUGCGAUUACAUCGCGUAUCGAGGAGCUAUCGGUACGUGAUGAAAGUGCUGGCGAAGGAGAAGAAAAUAUUGAAGGAAACGCCUGGAUUUGGAGCUGGAAUGAGAACAGGAUCCAGUAUGGUAUGGACACCCAUACAAGGUUCCAUUCGAUCCGGAAGUAGUUCACACUCCGGUUCUCGAUCCGGUGUUAGUACCAGUAGUGUAAAAUCCCGUGCCGGCACCCCGGUCCUCAGUAGAGUAUCAUUUUCCCGUAGUUCCGUACAUAGUAGUAAAACCUCACUGCCUCUGGCAGCACCACCGUUCGAUUCGCAACAGACACAAUCACAAUUGCCACCCUCACACCCCUCAUCGGCUAGUUCGCACAAAGGUGCCACUAGUACGCGCAGCCAAGAACUGACAACAGCCCCUGCCACCCAUGCCACCGAGCAGCACAUUCCGGAUGAAGGUCGACUCCACCAGGUGAGUGGACUCGGAGCAGCACUGGCGAUGAUGGCACGGAAAGAGCAUCAGUCGAAGGAAGAACGCAAUAGAAGUUUACUGCCCGAGAUUCUUAUAUUGGCUCCUUCGCUCGAGCGUGGACUAGAUGAAGGUGUCCCAUACAAGUUUGUCUCGAGCAACACACUGGACAGCAGAUCGACGGAAAGCGUGGUGGCUAUUGAUAAAUUGCCAGAACCAGAGGCCUCGGAAGAAGAUUUCGCCAGUCAGGAACACUCGGUGGUUGUGGAAUUUUUGCAGGCCGCUUGGUAUGCCAUUCUUUCGCAUACGGAUUUCAUAUGUUACUUUUUGGUGUUUCUGAAUCAGAUCAAAUCAGCUAGUCUUCUAUCGCUCCCGCUGCCACUGAUGGUGACCCUCUGGGGAACGCUGACGUUCCCACGGCCUUCGAAAAAUUUUUGGGUCACGUUGAUUGCCUACACCCAGACUGUAGUGCUGUUGAAGUGCAUCUGUCAGUUUGAUAUGUUGUGGUGGAAUGAGAAUCCAAUCCCGCCCAAUCAACCAUUCAACCCGGCUAGGAUCAUUGGAAUUGAGCAGAAAAAGGGUUACGCCACGUAUGAUUUGGCCCUGCUGCUGGUACUGUUCUGUCAUCGGUUCAUUCUAAAAUCGCUCGGAUUGUGGAAAUCGGACUUCAUCGAAGAACCGGAGUUCGCUGAGGGAUUGUACCGGUUGGAUACUGCCGAUGAUAAAACGAAAUCGUUGAUCAAAGCCGCCGUAGAAGUGGAGAAGGAUCGCGAGUCGCUGAUAAUCCAGCAGGACAAACUAACUGAGCUCAGUAUGGUGAAAGUGGACGAAGCAGCCGAACGCCACGGCCCGGAUGAGACCGGCAACGGAACGGCUCUCGUGUGUAUCACGCAUCAUGCCGAAGCUCCGGGCGAUUAUUUUCCACAUGUGGUGAAACACUCCUUCCAAAAGUAUUGCGGCUCGGUGAAGGCAUUCUUCAGCCAGCUGCUGGACAGACAGUCCCGCAAGACGGCCGAUGUAUACGGAUAUUUGUUCUUGUGCGAUUUUAUUAACUUUUUUGUGAUACUAUUUGGAUUUUCUGCUUUUGGGACUCAGGAAGGUGACGGAGGAGUGCUGUCAUACUUCGAAGAAAACAAAGUGCCAAUGACGUUUUUGCUGAUGCUUAUAAUUCAGUUCUUCCUGAUCGUAGUGGAUCGUGCGCUUUAUCUGCGAAAGUAUAUGGUUGGGAAAAUUCUAUUUCAGUUCUUCCUCAUCAUUGGCUUGCACAUCUGGAUGUUCUUCGUGCUACCGGCCACAACGGAGCGAAGUUUCAACGCAACUAAUCCACCAGUUUAUUACUACCUCAUAAAGUGUUUCUAUUUGCUAUUUUCGGCCUACCAGAUCCGCUGUGGUUAUCCGGCGAGAAUUCUGGGCAAUUUCGUCACCAAAGGGUUCACCAUGAUUAAUUUCACUGGGUACAAGCUGUUCAUGACAAUUCCCUUCCUCUUUGAGUUGCGCACUCUCAUGGAUUGGAUCUGGACCGACACGUCCAUGACACUGUUCGAUUGGCUCAAGAUGGAAGAUAUUUUCGCUAAUGUUUAUCAGUUGAAGUGUAUGCGACAACUGGAGGAAGAUCUACCCGCUCCCAGAGGUCAAAAGAAGGGGUCUCUGGUGAAGUAUCUGAUGGGAGGCGGCAUGAUGUUUGGGAUAAUUCUACUCAUUUGGUUCCCACUUGCGCUCUUCGCGUUCAGUAACGCCGUUGGUGAACCAAAUUUACCCUACGACGUUUCGGUAUCACUGCGGAUAGGUCCCUAUGAACCAGUGUACAUUAUGUCUGCCCAGGAUAGCAAUAUUCAUGGUCUGAAUGAUGAUCAAUGGGAGAAAUUUAUAUCUCCUUAUGCGAAGGAUAAAACGGCUCUUACGUUCCUCUCGAACUAUGAACCGAUAGAUGUGGCUGCCGUGAAGCUAGGAGCUAAUUCUACCUCAAUCUGGAACAUCUCCCCGCCGGACAAAGCUCGAUUGUUGAAUGACCUCAACACCACAGCGACCUUAACGUGUCGCUUCCGGUACACGGUCAGCCGGAAGUCACACUCGAAGGAGAAUCCUGGAACUGUGUCGGAGGAAAAAUCGUACGAACUAACACCGAAUGAUCCGGCCCGUCCAAUUCUGGUACAAAUGCUGGCAACCGAUACGGAUAUAUCGGUACAGUUACCUUUUAUGAUGCCAAAGUUCUUGAAGGUGAAAAGUAGUGGUACCCUGAAACCGAUUCAUCAGUUAAUACAAGCGGCAGACACCGACGAAAGUGAGCGCAACUAUCGCAACAUAACGCUGCGGUUGUUCCAAACCCAUACGAACAAUACCAUACCACUGUUCUGGUGGGAGGUUAAAGAAAAUUGCUCCGACGGAACCUUCAUCAAUAUGCCUUAUGCAGAUUGUGCAUCGCACUUGGUGAUGUACAUGUUCAACGAUAAGAUCUUUCCCAGCACCAUCAGUUCCAUCGCCGCAGGAGGAAUCAUCGGUAUCUACUCGACGCUCAUUCUCGUCUUCUCGCGGAUGCUACGCACAAGCAUCUUCUCCGGGGCCAGCUCAAAGAUCAUGUUCGAGGAUCUUCCGUACGUCGAUCGGGUGGUCCAGCUGUGUUUGGAUAUUUACCUGGUGCGAGAGUCGCUCGAAUUCACCCUCGAGGAAGAUUUGUUCGCGAAACUAAUCUUCCUGUACCGCUCGCCGGAGACAAUGAUCAAAUGGACCCGACCCAAGAACGAGGAAGGUGACGACGAGAGUGAUUCGAUGAGCACGAGCUCCAAGUCGCGCAAAAAGAACGAAUAAGCUUCUUUUCGCUGAAGGUGAUAUUACAUUCUAAGGGCUACCUAUUAAUUAUGAGUGCGCUUUACAGACAAAGCAAACAUCUCUAGUUAUGUUUAUAAUAUGUUGGAAAUUUAUACCACUUUGAAAUUAUUAUUUCCGUGAUCAACUCGUUUGAAAGUCAUUCAAGCUCAUUUUGAAUACACGAAAAAAAACGCGAUAUUCUGAUUAAUUAGAAAUAACAUUUUUUGUCGAAACAGAUGUUAACAUGUUUUGGAGUUAUUCAUCAUGGCUAAUACCAUUGUUUGCGGUAUGUUUAAUAAUUCUUUCCGUCGCGAUCUAAUUCUAGUCCAUAAGGUGUCAAAGCAUAAAUAUCGAUACCCCCAUACGAACAACGCUUUUCUUCGUUCCAUAUCGUACGAAACCAACAUCGUGUCUUUGAUUAAUUUGUGAAAAAGUACACUAAGAAAUAUUUUGAAAGAAUCAAUGUACAACGAUGAGAAAAAACUUAUAGCGAUCUAUUUAAAAGAAGAAAAACAUGUUUUUGAAUCGA